CAGUACUAAGUUCGUCACGAGCGGGUCAUCAUGGAGGGUCUCUUUUUCAACGUGAACAACGGAUUUCUGGAAGGAAUCGUCCGAGGCUACAAAUCUGGCAUACUCACUCAAUCUCACUAUGCCAGCUUGACUCAGUGCGAGACAUUGGAAGAUUUCAAAACGCAGCUGUCCGCGACUGACUAUGGAAACUUCCUCGCGAACGAACCAUCCCCGCUGUCCACCUCAACUAUAGCAGACAAGGCAACACAGACUCUCGUGGAUCACUUCAACUUUCUUCGCAGCAAUUCUGUUGAGCCUCUGAGCAAGUUUUUGGAUUACAUCACGUAUGGGUACAUGAUCGACAAUGUCGUCCUACUCAUAACGGGCACGCUCCACGAGAGGGAUACGCAUGAACUUCUCGAACGAUGUCAUCCACUGGGCAUAUUCGAUACCAUGCCCGCAUUAUGUGUGGCAACCAACGUAGAAGAGCUCUAUCAGAGCGUAUUGGUAGAAACGCCUCUAGCGCCCUACUUCCGCGAUUGCCUCUCUGCUGCUGAUCUUGAUGACAUGAACAUCGAGAUCAUCAGGAAUACCGUCUACAAAGCGUAUCUCGAGGAUUUCUACAACUAUGUCUCCACUAUUGGUUCAACAACUGUGGAGGUCAUGCACAACAUUCUCGCCUUCGAAGCUGACAGACGAACGAUAAACAUCACCAUCAAUUCCUUUGACACAGAGCUCACCAAGGAGCAGCGUGCUAGACUUUUCCCUGCCAUUGGGCGAUUGUUCCCCGCAGGUAACAAUGCUCUCGCCAAAGCAGAUGACAUAGACCAAGUUCGUCAAGUGUGCGAUAACGUCGGCGAAUAUCGUUCAUUUUUCGACAACUCGGCAUCAGUCCAGGGCAACGGAGAUCUUGGGGACUUUGGAGUAGCUGCACAGCUGGAGGAUCGUUUCUUCCGCAUGGAGGUACACCUCAACAAGCUGGCUUUUCUGCAGCAGUUCCAGUAUGGCGUGUUCUACAGUUAUGUGAAGCUGAAGGAACAGGAAAUCCGAAACAUCACAUGGAUAGCAGAGUGUAUUGCGCAAGAUGCGAGGGACAGGAUGCACGAUUUCAUACCGAUAUUCUGAAUGACACUACCUAUUCGUACACUUUCACCUAAUAUUCAGUCCGAGUCAUUCGAGUAGCAUACGAAUGUUGGUUGUUCAAGCAUAUCCACUUUUUCCGGGGACAAUUGCGAAUGCGGGACCCCCCUUCGCAAACAUCUUCCGCACAUCUUCAACAAGCUCUUCUGGCCGUUCAGAGGCAGCAAAAUGGCCUCCUGUCUUAUGAUGAGACUCGAUUACAACGUUGUUCACCCUGCG